CAGACAGGAGUUUCCUCCUCUAAAGCCUACACAGCGCGUUUACGCACUCAGACACACCCCGGACUCAGCCGUGGAAAGGAUCACUCAGUCAUCCCGAGACAAGCUGAACGGUAGACAUAAUGGCAAACUUCACCAACACGUCUGAAGGAAUCUCUGCUGUAAACAGGACCUUUCUGGAUUCAGAGUUUCGCUAUGUGCUUUUUUCUGUCAUGUACAGCAUCUUCUUCGUUUUGGGCUUCUUCUCUAACCUUUAUGUGCUGUUUGUCCUGUGGCGCCUCCGUGAAGCGAGGGCUAUGGGAGAAAUCCGCAUCUACAUGACCAACUUGACCAUCGCUGAUCUGCUUUUUGUGUCUGCACUCCCCUUCUGGAUUAGCUAUUACCGACAUGAGGGGGACUGGAUCUUCAAUGACUUCAUGUGCAGGGUGACAGGAUCAUUUUUUUUCAUCAACACCUAUGGAAGCAUCCUCUUCCUUGGAGCAAUCAGUCUUAACCGGUACUGGGCGGUCACUCGCCCUCUUGACGCAGCCUCUUCAGACCACAGGUGCCGCGGGAUCAUUGUGUGUACCCUAAUAUGGGCCUCUAUCAUAUCUAUGUCCAUGCCCUACUUGACAUUUAGAGGUAUAAAUGAAGACAAUACCAAAAACAAAACUCGAUGCUUUGAGGGAUACCAUAAUGGAACAAAUGAUGAAAAAAGGAAUAUUGCAGUGACGCAUUUCUUAAUAAUUGGGAUGUUUUUUAUUGUAUUUUUUCUUGUUGUGAUAUGCAACUUCCUCAUUGCCCGAGCCUUGAUUUACAAAAGUGCACCACAGUCAGAGUUGUACUCUGAGACAAUCAAGUCCAACAGAUCAACAGCGUCUUCAUGUAAAAAGCCCAGAAAGACCAGAGGGGUGAAGAGGAAGGCUUUGCGGAUGCUCAUAGCAGUGGUGGGGGUGUUUGUGUUAUGCUUUGUGCCUCACCACAUAGUCCAGGGCCCCUGGACCCUGGCUGUGCUGCAGAUAACAGAGGGCUGGGGCCAUGUGACAUGGGGCCAGAAAACACGGCAGGCACUAAACGAUGCACAUCAGAUCACCUGGGUUCUUAUGGGCCUUAACUGCAUCCUGGAUCCUGUGGUGUAUUUUUUUGCCACAAGGAAGUUCAGGAGGUUCAUCAUGGAGCACAUGAGAAAGUUAUCAAGGGGUGAGGCCUGCUCCUAUACAGCCAACACACAGAUAUCCAUGGACAGCAGAAACCCUAGUCAAAGACUCCACAGUAUCCAACAACAUCCGAACGAGGAAUAACUGAAUGAUUUCGGACAGAAAAACCCAUAAAAACAGACAUCCUGUCUUUGACACAAGUCCCACUUUAAGCUCACGGCUCAUGGCUCGACUCAUGGCUUUUUAUUUCUGUGAUUUUAAUAAGAAGUAAAUUAUUGGGAUUUUAUAUAUUUGUGUUUUGAUUUCAUGUUUUGCGAGUUUUAUGUUUUUUUUACACACCUAGCUUUAUUUACCAGAUACCACAUCAGCUUUUUAUUAUAUGUCUAACCUUGGUAGAUCUUGAAUGUGAUUUUGCAUGUACCUAUUUUUUUUUUUGGCAGAUUUUUAAUUUCUUUGUUUUGGUUCUGCCUUUUUAUCUUAUAUUCCAUUUUGAUACAAAGGUUUUCAUAUUAAAUAAUCACUAUCCUUGCCUGCAUUUUAGUCCACUUUCAUAAUGAUAUAAUACGCAUAAUGCAUGACUGCUGUCUAAAAGCAUUUCAGUGAGCUGUCUUAAAAUAGCUGUUAAUAAGGUUUUGCAGAAAAAUGCACUGGAAGAUUGUAAGUUGUUUUU